CAUUCCAUCGACGUCGGCGAAGAUGGCCUAGUCUUCUCCCCAAAUUCCACCACCGCUGCUGUCGGUGACACUGUCACAUUUCACUUCUACCCUCGCGCUCACGGUGUAGCUCGUAGUAGCUACUCCAGUCCUUGCGCGGCCAUGGACAAUGGUUUCAAUUCUGGUUUCGUCAAAGUGGCCAGUGGAGAGUCCAAUACGACUUUCACCAUCACCGUCAACAAUACCGAUCCGAUUUGGUAUUAUUGUCCUCAAGGUGAUCAUUGCCAGGCUGGUAUGGUUGGUGUGAUUAAU